AUGUCGUCUCUCCUGGGCACCAACACGUUCAACCCGGACACGGAUGUCCCUGAUUUGUCUGGCAAGAAUUACAUCGUCACCGGGGGCAGCGCUGGCAUUGGAUUUGGCAUUGUUGCCCACCUGCUCCAGCACCAUGCCGGAAGCAUCACCAUCCUGUCCAACAAGGAAGAGCAUGCUCACUCCGCGCUCGAAGAGCUCAAAGAGUAUGGAGAUGCGAGCAAGGCUCAUUGGGUGAAGUGCGAUCUCGAGGAUCUCAAGUUUACAGAGAAGGUCGCCAAUGAGUUGGCAAGUUCCCAGGAACAGCUCCAUGGUCUCAUCCUCAACGCCGGUCUAGGUGUGGGAGUAUACAACGAGACCAAAGACAAGCUCGAUUCACAUUUUCAGGUCAACCACCUUUCGCAAUUCCUCCUGCUGCUGAAGCUUCUUCCUCGGCUUCAAAACACUCCCGGAUCUCGUGUAGUUUUUCAAUCGUCAGAGUUGCAUCGUGGCGCGGAAAACAAUGUGCAGUUCGAAAACGAAGCCGAGAUCAAUCAGGAUAUUGGGCCGACCAAGCUCUACAACCGGACCAAGCUUGCUCAGAUUUUGACUGCACGAGCGCUCCAGCGCCGGAUCGACAGCGGACAGUUGGGCUUCGAACCGGGUCACAAAAUUUAUGUCAACGCAGUGCACCCAGGAGCUAUUGCGACCGAUCAGCCGCUUCAAGCUGAAGAGGCUUAUGGGAAGCUCGGUGUUAUUGGCCACAAACUCGUCAGGCCGUUUAUGAGCGACCCAGUCGCCCAAGGCUGUCGGUCGGCGCUGUACGCAGCGACAAGUCAGGACAUUGAGGAAAAAGGCAUCAGUGGACAAUAUAUCGUGCCGGAUAAGAAAGUGACUGAUCCAAGUAGUAAGGCUACAGACGAGGAGCUUGGUGAACGCUUGUGGAAAUUGAGUGAGAAGUUACUCAAAGAGAAACUAGAGUGA